CCAAGUUCACAAACCGCUGGCUGUGUUUGGAUAGUUUGGAUAGCUGUCCCACGGAGUCAGAUACCACAGCCUCAGCGUUGCCGUUACAGUUGUUGUGCUUUGGAUGGACACACGGACUCCAGGUCAACUUUCUGUUUUUGUUUUCUGGCCUCUAACAUUUGAGCGUUUAAACUUUCUUUUGUUGCUUUCUGGCUUUGUUUCUGUGUCCAGAGUGAUUUCUGUGGAUGGCGAGGUCUAACCAAGAUGGACACGGGCUGUCUGCCGGUUGGAGACUAGAUAACGGCUUCUCAAACUACAUGUAGACUUUAUUUUUUUACGCGUGUUUAUCGUGUUUAUCCGUGAACUUUGUAGUCGGACCAUUUCCAUCCCGGGGGUGGGGGUCAAAAUCCUAUAAUGAACAUUUUCCCACUGGAGCUUCGGUAAACUUUUCCCACGACUCGCCAUGUCGGGAGUGGUCCGCACCCUGAGCCGCUGUCUGCUCCCGGCCGAGGCCAGCCGGGACCCCGGCGGCAGCAAGGAGAGGAGCCGGGAGAGAGACGCGGCGCAAGAGCGGGAGGCGAGGCGCAGGAGUCGGGAGAUAGACGCGAUGAUCGCCCGGGAGAGGAGAGCCAUUCGGCGGCUGGUGAAGAUCCUCCUGCUCGGGGCCGGGGAGAGCGGAAAGUCCACAUUCCUCAAACAGAUGCGCAUCAUUAACGGGCAGGAGUUUGAUCAGAAGGCACUUCUGGAUUUCCGGGACACAAUCUAUGAGAAUAUACUGAAGGGCAUGCGUGUGCUGGUGGAUGCCCGCGACAAGCUGGGUAUCAGCUGGCAGAGCUGUGAAAAUGAGAAGCAGGGCAUGCUGGUGAUGUCGUGGGAGGGCCGCGUAGGCGCUUCGGGGGUCGAGCCCAGUGAGUUCCAGCUGUACGUGAUGGCGCUGAGCGCGCUCUGGGCGGACGCCGGCAUACAGGAGGCCUACACGAGACGCUCCGAGUUCCAGCUGAGUGAGUCGGUUAAAUACUUCCUGGAUAACUUGGAUCGUAUUGGACAACUGAGCUAUAUUCCAAGCAAGCAAGACAUUUUGUUUGCGAGGAAGGCGACUAAAGGGAUUGUUGAGCACGACUUUGUCAUCAAAAAGAUUCCCUUUAAGAUGGUGGAUGUUGGAGGGCAGCGGUCCCAGAGGCAGAAGUGGUUUCAGUGCUUCGACGGGAUAACCUCGAUACUCUUCAUGGCCUCGUCGUCAGAGUAUGACCAGGUCUUGAUGGAGGACCGCAGGACAAACCGUCUGGUCGAGAGUAUGAACAUCUUCGAGACCAUCGUCAACAACAAGCUCUUCCUGAACGUGUCCAUCAUCCUCUUCCUCAACAAGACGGACUUGCUGGUGGAAAAGAUUCGCACGGCCGACAUUCGCAAGAACUUCCCUGAGUUUAGAGGAGACCCUCGCAGGCUAGAGGACGUACAGGCGUUCCUGGUGCAGUUGUUUAGUCGUAAGAGGAGAAACCGAGGGAAACCGCUUUUCCAUCACUUCACCACUGCGGUAGACACAGAAAAUAUCCGCUUUGUCUUCCACGCCGUGAAGGACACCAUCCUGCAGGAAAACCUCAAAGAUAUAAUGCUGCAGUGACCUUCACGUCAUAGACGAUGGCCUCUCUGACUGUUAACUGUGAAACCAGCCGUGAAUCCAGGCCUGGAGGACUUCUGAGAAGGUCUCCUUUGAUCUGAAGCAACACUGACCUGUGGAACCAUCACUUGACCCACACAGAGUGGAUCUUAGUGACCUCUGAACCUGUGGAGCCCUGAAGCAACUCUGGACGUUUUGGCCCCUGUGGAAUCUCUAUGUUUAACCUGUAUAAAUGUGUGAAUGCUGUAAAAAAAAAAAAAAAAGAAAAGAAAAAAGACAGUGGGCUUCUCCUUGCACAGGUUCCAAGAUGUGUAAAAAAAAUGUAGAGGAAAGCACCAACUACAUGACAUGAGCACUGAACGUUGUUUUUCUCUUCUGUAUAUAAGACUCAUGACAACAUGUCACUAAACCCAGUCAGACUGCUGCCUGUUGAAAUGUAGCUCGAGCUGUGUGAACACGCCGCGGGAGGGGAAAGAAGCGCAAAGAAAGAAUACGAGGAGGAAAAACAUGAGGUUUGGAGCUGAAAAAUACUGUCUUAAAGUACACGUGACAGAGGGAAGGGGGUUUGGGGUCCAUACUGGUCAUAUGCUGUGUUAUGUGAAAAGGUUGCACAAGUGUUCCUGUCAAUGAACUUCAGCAGAGGAGUGAGACUGAGCUGCGCUACACCGCUCAUCCUCUCCUGCCCCGUCUUUUCUUUCCUCGUCUUGUGUUAAUUCUCUUGUUCCCGCCAUUGUUCGAGAGAUCAACAGCUGCAGAUAACAAGUCUUAUUCGUCUAAUCCCACUCCUUCUCGGCACAAUAGACACAUUGUUCUUCUCCUCAGAAGUAGACGGUCAAAUUAGUCUCAUCUAAGCUCUGAAAAGUGCACGCAGCUCCUGGUUUUGUAUGAAUCCAUACGCCUUCCCCGAGCUUUUCUCUCCCUUCUGUGAUUCCCAUAGCAUCCCAGUAGAUGCACCACAAUAGCCUAGACUUGACCUGAGGCAGUAUAAAAAGAAAUAUAGUAAAAAGUAUUUAAAAAAAUCUACAAAAAAGCUUUGGGUUCUGGUUACACUGCUUGUUCCUGUUCCCUUUGUCCUGUAAACGUGCCGGGAACAGCAGAAAAUGAAGAGAUUGAACUGCAGAUGACCUUAUCCCCGUGUUUCUUGUAGCCAUUUUGGACUUGUAGCAGUCGGGGUGGGAAGCCUUCCUAGCAAAAACACUGAGACAAUAACAAGUGACCUACACAAGCCAGACUUUUUUAAAAAAAGAAACAAAAAAAUCAUCACAGGGAAGCGAGUUUAAACACAUUCUGGUGACUGGCUAGUCUGUGAUUUCCUAAUGAGUUCCUAGAAAGUAUCCUGAACGAAGUAGUUGGCCGUGUAAGGAAAACAGGAAACUGCCAGAAAGAAUUGCUGCCUUCAAAUCCAAAUAUUUGAUUACUGUCAGAAAUGCAAGUUCAGUGAUAAGCGACAGCUAGAGAUCAUUUAUUUAAAUGUCCGCUGCAUUGAAAACAAGAAGAAAAAAACUCGGAUUUAAAUUUUUAAAAAUACAAUAUACUUAAAUUUUGGAAUCAAAACAAUUUCACUAAAGAUGUUCCAAUAUUUUAAAAAAGCUUUGGUCAAUGCUGUGUAUAUGAAAGGGAAAGGCUCAAGGUAACAAAUCCACAGAUCAUCGGUCAUCAUCUGAAAACUCUCGGGUGUGUCCAGCGUAAGUCUGAUCUAAGACUUCCUGUUCCAUUGAUUGCCGAUAGUUUAUGAAUGCAGUUUUUUUAAAAAAUCAGGUGAUGGCAGAUGUUUUUUUCAAAUUGCACAUCGGCAAAUGUGUUCCUGUCGUUCAUCUGUCAGACGUUCUUGAAUGCAAAUGGAAACCAGAGCAUUUUUGGUGCCUGUUGACCUUCAGACAAUUUCUAUGCAUAUAUAUAUACAAAUAUGUGUAUCGUUGCGCUCCUCUGAAGUUCCCUCCAGCUUUAUAUGAAGUUUCAUAGUGUCCUUGAGCUCAUCGUUGUGGUUUUAGAGUCUCCAACAUUACUUGUUUGGUUCACUCUCACCACUCAUGGCCUUGUUUCCAUCCCAAAAAAGUCCUAAAAACCGACCACACUGCACUUCUUUCCGAACGCUAAACUGCAGCCGGACAAAAAUAGCAGCCAGCCUGUGAACAUAGUGGACUAUUUAGCAGCUGAAAUGCCAGAUAUUUGUUCAGCAGGAGGUGCACAGCAAAAACCAAAAAAGCCACAAGAGAGUUUAUAUUACCCAGUCCAUCAAGAUGUCUUGAUUUGAUUGAUUUAAAUGUAAUGACUGGAUUUUUUUCUGCAUUGGGUUAAUCUGAUAACUGCGGAAAUAUUUUGUUCAGUGCAAGUUUUUCCAAUGUCAGACAUGUAAUGCAGGUAUAAAGGUGAAAUUAUAAGUCAAGUAACCAGCAGGUUAACUAUGAAUGCAACCAGUCACAAUCUGUCCUGUUACGUAGCUCAUCUGCAGUUUUAACAAACAUUAUGCACUGAUUUCUGAUGGUGGUUAAACUGCUCACAGGAGCAUCCCUCAUACUUUGUACAUUUUUAAAAACUACUUUUUUUCCCCUCCAAUCAAGUGAGGUUAAGUGAAAACCCCUGAUUUGCAUUUCGGUAUGCAGCAGUCGGACACAGCCGGGCUGCUCUUCCCACCCCGAGUAAUAAGUCUGCAUUGCCUCGAGGGCGAAUGAGUCAAACCGGGAACGUUCCCACUCUCGCCUCGUUCUGAUACUGUAUUAAAACUGUGUCAUUUGUGUUUGUGUUGAUAAA